CGUCGUGUUGUGUUGUUUGCGAGUGUUGGGUUCGUAGCGAUGCGUUUGCGUUUUCUCAGUGGCUGUGCACGCUUUGAAGUUUGAGCAAUUGCGCUUAUUGACGUGACUUUGCGCAUUCAAACUGUCGCGACUUAAGUAUUGCAUUGUGUAGAGGUGAUACAUAAUGGCCAGCUCGGUGCUGUUCGCGUCCUCCUGGGUCGUGGGGUUCCUCGUCAUCGCCAUCAUCGGUCUCGUCCUGUUCGUCACACGGAGAAGCAGGCGACCAGGAGAGCCUCCUCUUGAUAAAGGCCUCAUCCCAUGGCUGGGCCACGCCAUCGAGUUCCGGAGGGACAUGUACGCCUUCCUGCGGCGCAUGCAGCACAAGCACGGAGACACCUUCACGGUGUGCUUGGCCGGGAGGUACUUCACAUUCAUUCUGGACCCGCAUGAAAUGACGGCCGUGGGGCGGGAGCCACGCUCCAUGCUGGACUUCAUGAAGUAUGCGUACGAGCUCAUUUCAGACGUCUUCAGCGUUAACUACAAAGCCGAGUACCGCAAGCCCACCGGCGCCAUGAACAUCCGCCACCUGCAGGGCGAAGGGCUAGUGGGCCUGACGGACGCAAUGGUGCACCAGCUGCACCUGCUCAUGGGGCCAGGUUCGUUUGACGAGGGAAAUAGACACAUGGGGAACGGAGGGCACAGGGACACCAAGUGGCACGAGUCCAGCCUCUUUGACUUCUGCUACAACAUCGUGUUCAGGGCCGGCUACCUGACUCUGUUUGGCCAGGACCUAGGCGGGUCGGCUGUGCAGAACACGCGCUCCCUGGAAGUGUUCAAGGAGUUCCGCAAGUACGAUCAGCUGUUCCCCACCAUUGCCUCGUCCACGCUCUGGCCCGCCAAGAGGAAGGAAGCAGACCGACUCAAGUCGUGGUUCUGGGAGCACUUGACGGUGUCGCUGCUGCGUGUGCGUGAGCACGUCAGCCCCUGGAUCUUGGGCCGCGACGAAAAGCUUGCCGAGCUGCAGGCCGACAAAGAGACCCGGGAUCGCACCUUGUUCAUGCUGCUCUGGGCCUCGCAGGGUAACGCGGGCCCCGCAUCGUUCUGGACGCUGGCGUAUCUGAUGAAGCACGCGGACGCCAUGGCUGCCGUGCGCGCCGAGGUGCAGCAGCUGCUGGAGGCGACGGGGCAGAGCGAGGGCGCGGAGACGCGAGAGAUCUCGCUGACGCGCGACGCGCUCGUCAACACGCCCGUGCUUGACAGCGUAAUUGAGGAGAUGCUGCGCCUUCGCUCGGCUCCCACCCUCAUGCGUGCCGUCCAGCAGGACAUGACGCUGCAGGUUCCAGGCGCCAGCGGGCCGGGCACCAAGCUCCGCGCCGGUGAUCGCCUCGCCAUGUUCCCUCACCUGAGCCCCCACAUGGACCCCGAGGUCCACGCGGAUCCCAAGGAGUUUAAGUUCGAUCGCUUCCUGAACAAGGACGGUUCCAAGAAGACGGACUUCUUCAAGUCUGGGCACAAACUCCGGUAUCCCACAAUGCCCUGGGGUACCGGUGUGUCCAUCUGUCCCGGGCGGUUCUUCGCAAUCAACGAGAUCAAACAGUUCACUGUGCUCAUGCUGAUCCACUACGACAUCGAUUUCUGCGACCCCACCACUAAAGUGCCAGACAUCAACGCGUCGCGAUUCGGAUUCGGCAUCAUGCAACCAACGCACGACAUUCGCUUCCGUUACCGCUCACGCUUCUGAACAGCGGUCACCACUCCCCUCCUUGCCCAGCCCCUAACCCCACCAUGCUGCUCCUUUUCCCUUUCCUCUGUGAAGAUGCUGUUUGCAUUUCCGACGUUCUCGAAUGUAACUCAUUCUUAGUUGUGAAUUUGACGAUGAUGGCUGUUGAAGUUGAUUUAAGACUGUUCGUGCCUCUUUGAUCAACCAGUUUUGAUUAAACGUUUGUCCAUU